CACAAAAAAAUUAAAAUAAAAACACCGCGACGAGAAAACUAUAGAUUGGGAUUUGGGAGGUGAUGAUCAAUUUCAGAGGACGAAGGAACCAAUACUAAUAAGACUCGGCGACGCUUGUUGCGGCGGAGUUAACAAAAAAAGGCGUUGAAACAUGGCUAUGAGAGACCUUGUCAACGGCGGAGCCGCCUGCGCGGUUCCCGGCUCUUCCUCCUCUUCGAACCCUCUCGGAGCUCUCACCAACGCGCUACUUGGUUCGUCUUCCAAAACUCAGGAAAGGCUCAAGGAGAUACCUAAUGCCAACCGUUCAGGUCCUGGGCCACAAUUUUACUCUGAAGAUCAACAUCUAAGUUCACUUCCUGGUUCUGAGUUAGAGCAGCCAAUCCUGCAACCGGGUGCUCAGGGGACAGAGUUCUUCCGUGGCUUCCGCUCUGUAGAUCAGAAUGGUUUGGGUGCGGCUUGGGACGAAGUACAGCGAGGUGGACCGAUGCCUCCAUUGGGACCUAUGUAUGAGCCAGUUCAGCCUACAUUCGAAGGACCCCCACAAAGAGUCUUGUCGAACUUUCUACAUUCGUUUGUUGAGAGUAGCCGUGGUGGCAUUCCCUUUCGUCCAGCACCUGUCCCUGUGCUUGGAUUAUCACAAAGUGACAAACAAUGCAUACGUGAUCGUAGUAGCAUCAUGGCCCGACAUUUUUUUGCCGAUAGGGGAGAGGAAUUUAUCAAUGCUCAGGUAAAUGCAUUAUUGUCAUCUUUAGAUAUCGAUGAUGGCAUUCAAGCUAGAGGUCAUAUUCCUGGGAGAUUUCGGGAGCUAGAUGAUUAUUGGAAUGAGUCUCAAGCUGUUAUGAAACCUGGUUCACAUCCAGCGGAUAGUUGGGCGGCUGAAUUUAACCAACAUGGGAGGGAUGAUGGUGGUCCUGAUUCAUGGGUCCAGUCUUUUGAGCAACAACAUGGUGUGAAUGGGUGGGCCACCGAGUUUGAGCAGGGUCAGUCUCAAUUGAUGUCAAACCAAAUGAGAAGUAUGGAUAUGCAAAAUUUAGCUGCAAUGGAGCAGACUCGUAAGCUUGCUCAUACACUGUCUCAGGAUGGCAAUCCGAAAUUUCAGAAUUCAAGAUUCCUCCAAUUUGUAUCAAAGAUGAGCCGCGGGGAACUCAUUAUUGAUGAGAACCAGGUCAAGCCAGGAUCAGCCCCUGGGGAAUGGGCUACUGAAUAUGAACAGCAGUAUCUGGGGCCGCCAAGUUGGGCUGAUCAAUUUGCAAAUGAGAAACUUUCACAUGGACCAGAACAGUGGGCUGAUGAGUUUGCUUCCGGGAGAGGGCAGCAAGAAUCGGCUGAAGACCAAUGGGUCAAUGAGUUUUCGAAGUUGAAUGUUGAUGACUGGAUAGAUGAAUUUGCUGAAGGGCCCGGUGAGAGUUCAGCUGAUGCAUGGGCAAAUGCUUAUGAUGAGUUUCUUACUGAAAGAAAUGGUGAAAAACAAACUAGUGGUGUCUACGUCUUCUCUGACAUGAAUCCUUAUGUGGGUCACCCUGAUCCUAUGAAAGAAGGGCAGGACUUGUUUCGCAAAGGACUUCUGAGCGAAGCAGCGCUUGCUCUAGAAGCUGAGGUUAUGAAAAACCCUGAAAACGCUGAAGGUUGGAGAUUACUUGGUGUCACACACGCAGAGAACGAUGAUGAUCAACAGGCAAUAGCUGCAAUGAUGCGUGCACAGGAGGCUGAUCCCUCAAAUCUAGAGGUGCUUCUUGCCCUUGGUGUGAGCCAUACAAACGAGUUGGAGCAAGCAACUGCUUUGAAAUAUUUAUAUGGAUGGCUGCGGAAUCACCCAAAGUAUGGAACAAUCGCGCCUCCAGAGCUUGCUGAUUCUCUAUACCAUGCUGAUAUUGCUAGACUAUUCACUGACGCUUCUCAGAUGAAUCCUGAGGACGCCGAUGUGCAUAUAGUAUUAGGGGUUCUCUACAAUCUAUCAAGGGAAUUCGACAGAGCAAUCACUUCCUUCCAAACAGCAUUGAAACUAAAACCAAACGAUUAUUCUCUGUGGAAUAAGCUUGGUGCAACACAAGCCAACAGUGUACAGAGUGCUGAUGCCAUAUCUGCUUAUCAACAGGCUCUAGAUUUAAAGCCUAAUUAUGUUCGUGCUUGGGCAAACAUGGGAAUCAGUUACGCAAACCAGGGGAUGUACAAAGAAUCGAUCCCUUACUAUGUUCGUGCCCUUGCGAUGAAUCCUAAGGCCGAUAACGCAUGGCAGUACUUGAGGCUCUCGUUAAGUUGUGCCUCAAGGCAAGACCUGAUUGAAGCGUGUGAGUCAAGGAAUCUCGAUCUCCUGCAAAAAGAAUUCCCGCUAUGAGUAGAGAAGCAAGACGACUCAAAGCCUAAUAUUCCGUGUUGUCUUACCGGUUAAAGCGAUCGAUUUGUUUUAUGGGAAGUUGCAGCUGGAAAUCUUACAAGGGAGUUGCAUCAUUUUUUUUGUUUCUAUAGUUUUUGUAAAAUUAAACUAUAAUUUGAAAAAAAAAAAACCGAAAAACUUGAAAUAAAAAAAUGUUACUUCGAUUUCACUCGUGCUGUUGUAGAUAUACCAAUACAUUAAGUAUGUAGAGGUAAAUGUGUAACACAGAAGUGAUAACAAAUAUUGCUUCAAGA